AAGUCUCAAAGAUAUCUUGGCAGUGCCGGCGAGGCGGUCCGGCUAUGUGGCCAGAUUCACAUCCAGUCACGUCCGGGCUACCUUGGUGAAGAACCAAAAGACCUAGGAUUGAGCCUUGAUAUCGAGAAUGUGGUUCAUUCUCUUGUCGUUGGGCCGCACUCCCCAGCCUCGAGGUAGUUGGGAAACACAGAAGAUGUAACAAUGUCACGGCUGAACUUGAGGCGAAAGGUCGCGCAGCCUUUUGCAAAAGAUGGCGGAAGUUGUGGAGCCUUCAUCAAAGGUCCUCUUCCUCAGGAGAGACGACGGAUUGUUCCUCAACGAGUGACAAAACGGGGGAUGUGUCCCGAGGUCAGUCUGGACAGGCAACGAGGACGAAAAGAAUCAACAAAAGCAUGAAUCACAAAAAGAAAAAAGAGAAAGGUUGAUGUGCUCCUGAUAUGUCAGGAGCGCACCGGGAAUUGAGCCCGAUGCGGGGGUCGA